GAGCGCGAGGGCGAGAGCAACCUGACUGACAGAGGGGGGAAGGGGAGGCACAUUAAGCGACAGAUUGGAUGGAGAAGAAAAAGAAAACCAUACGUUUGUCCGUCAGCUGAAGACAGUGGACAGUGCAACACAGAGAAAGAAGAAAGAGAGAGGCACAAAAGGAGAGCAGUCUCGUGUCAUAACCGAAGCGGUGUCGGGGUUGAGAGAGGGACAGACAACAGAGAGAGAAACGCACGCGGAGGCUGAAAGGAGCGUCAACAAGCUGUGAUUUUUCACCUUGGCCAUACGAGAGGAACAGAAGGAGUCCAGUGGAGAGAUUUCACUAGCUUGGUUUUCCCUCCCUCCCUGUUCUCCCCUUCUCUGCACCCUCCCGGCUCCUCUGAAUGAUUGAAGCCAUGCCCCUCGUUUCUGCAAGCACAGGGCUGCAUGAGACUCUGGCCCUGCUCACCUCUCAGCUCCACCCUGAUGCCAACCAUAAAGAGGACCUGGUCUUCCUCAAAGACGUCUUCAGUGAGAAAAGCCUUGGUUACCUCAUGAAGAUCCAUGACAAAUUGAGGCAGUAUGAGAAACACAGCCCGACUCCAGUUCUACACAGCGCCUCCUGUCUGGCAGAGGAUUUGGCCGAAGAGCUUCAGAGUGGAGCGAUGGAGGACGAUGAGAGAGAACUGCUUCUCCUGUUGAGCACUCCUCACCUCAAGGCGGUGCUGUCGGCCCACGACACAGUGGCCCAAAAAAACUUUGACCCCGUGUUGCCGCCAGUGCUGGAGGAUCUGGAUGACGACCUGGAGGAAGAGUCUGUCAAGAUUGUCCGCCUGGUGAAGAACAAGGAGCCCCUAGGAGCGACAAUCCGGAGAGACGAGGCGACGGGAGCUGUAAUUGUGGCCAGAAUCAUGAGGGGAGGAGCAGCUGACCGCAGCGGUCUGGUGCAUGUAGGGGAUGAGCUUCGAGAGGUCAAUGGAAACCUGAUAACCCAUAAAAGGCCAGAUGAAAUUAGUCAGAUCCUGUCCCAGUCACAAGGCUCCAUCACACUGAAAAUCAUUCCAGCUGUUGCAGAAGAAGACAAGCUGAAGGAAAGCAGGGUCUACCUUCGUGCUUUGUUUGACUACACACCGUAUGAAGACAAGGCUACGCCAUGCCAAGAGGCGGGACUUCCUUUUAAGAGGGGGGACAUUCUUCAAGUUGUUAGCCAGGAGGACGCUACCUGGUGGCAGGCCAAGAGGAUGGGCGACUGUAACUUGCGUGCUGCCCUCAUCCCCUCUACACAGUUCCAAGAGAGGCGCCUGAGAUACAGGAUGAAAAUGGGCUCUUUCCCUGCCCCUGUGCCCCCCAAAGCUCCUACAUAUGAUCGUGCUGAAAGAGAAGACUGUGACAGUGAGGGUGCUCUGAAUGGAAAGGACAUAGUUUCUCCCAAGAGUAAGGCAGCCCUUGCCUUCUGUGGCCAUGCUUUCUCAUGGGAUUUUUACUCAGCCGGACUGCGCAGAAGUUUCCGCCUCAGGAAAGAUCGCCAGUGUUCACCAGGAGAACCUUGCACUCCUGAUGCCAAUAACACAGAGUUCCUGAUUUAUGAAGAAGUAACACAAUAUCUGCCCCGCCCUGGUGAAAGGCCUCGUCUUAUAGUACUGAUAGGUUCCCUGGGAGCUCGGAUCACUGAGCUCAAACAGAAGGUGAUCGCUGAAAAUCCUCGACGUUAUGUUUUGGCUGUGCCUCACACUACUCGAGCCAGGAAGAGUCAUGAGAGAGAGGGAGUGGAGUACCACUUCAUCACUAAAGCUGCUUUCGAGGCAGACAUCCAGAAUGGCAAAUUUAUUGAAUAUGGGGAGUAUAAAGACAAUCUGUAUGGAACCAGUUUGGUGUCUAUUCAAAAAGUAUUGGAUCAAAACAAGGUCUGUCUGGUGGAUGUGCAACCAGAGGCACUGAAGACUCUACGUACCGCUGAGUUCAAACCGUAUGUCAUCUUUGUAAGGCCUCGCAUCUGUGAUAGUCAGAAGAAACCGCUUGGCUCCUCUUCCUCCCUCAGCUUAGCCAUCACGGAGGAAGACUUACAGGAAAUGAAACAAUCAGCCAAGCGGAUGGACGAGUGCUACGGCUGUUGGGUGGACUAUAUGUUGGUAAAGGAGGACCCAGUCAGUGCCUUAGCUGAGCUCCAGGUCGUACUGGAGAGGGUGCAGAUGGAGCCUCAGUGGGUGCCUGUGUCCUGGGUGAGGAGCUAGCCUGCUCGGACUUCAUUGGUUCAGAUUGGAUCAGCUGACCCCUGCAUGUAGAGGACAGCUUCUGAUUGAUGGAUUGAUCCAGUGUUUACUGCCAUACUAACCAUUCCACAAAUACAGGUCUGUGAUAGAUGGCCAAGUUGAGUCAGAAUCAUAAAUGAACAUCUGCAAAGACUGAAAGCUGCUUUUUCCAUAACUCAGAACAUAAAGCCUUUGUUUUAGAUUCUUCAGUGUAAAAUGGCACUAUAUUUCAACUUCACGGCGGCAGUAUAACAGCUCUGGCUGGCAUGUAGUACAAAGAUCUGCAGCCAGUAUGAUUAAUUAUGAGACGUCUACUGUAAUAGUGCCAUAUCGUGCAGUUAAACAAUAUAAUUUUAAAAUGAGCAAAUAAAUCUGCUGACCAUCUGCUCAUGCUGGAGGCUGUCCUCGUGUUACCUGACUUGAUAAAAAGUCUGAAUUAAAAAAGAGAAAUGUGUUGAA